UGGCGUUUUAGUAUAUAAACAUAACAACACCGUUAUCCACGACUGAGAUAUUUUUGACCUGUUGGUUGCACUUUCAUUUCUCACAUUUUCGGAUAAGGGACUGGUGAACAAAAGUAUUGUUAAGUGUACUAUGGAUCACGUGAACAAUGGCAGCUUUGUUUCAAUUAGUAACGAAACUUCUACAACCACUGAUGUUGGAAAUAGCACAGAUACUCUUUUCAAUCAAACUGCAGGCUCACCUGCACACGAUGACACUGUUAGCGUAGUUCUAAUACCAUUGGCAAUUAUUGGACUCCUCCUUGCACUUGCGGCAAUAAUCUUUAUUGUAAUCCGGAGAAGAACCACUAAACAAGCAUCAAGACGUCAGUUUGCCCCAGUUUAUUAUUCUGUGGAACACGAAGAGAGUGGCAAUGAGUGGGAAUCUCAGCUCAUGGAUGAAGAAUUGGCCAGACAUGCCAAUAUUGUUAAGCCAAAUCGUGGAAAUCAAGCCAGGCUCCAGUUUGAAAGAGGUGGCACUAAAUAG